ACAAUUACGUAAACAAAACGUCCGUUGACGGGUUGAGAUCUCAGAUACGCUACUAUCGUACAUUACGUUUCGUAGUUUCGCUCUGUUAUUGACAAUGAGAGUGUAUUUAUUAUUUUUUUUAUUCGUGAGUGUGUACGGAAGGAAAUUUACAAGAUGUCGUCUUGCUACAGAGUUGAUAAAGACCAAAAUUAUUGAUAAAACAUUUCUUGGAAGUUGGGUAUGUCUGAUAGAAAAAGUAAGCAACAGGGACACCAGUGCUUACGUCGUGACUCCCAGUGGGAAGAAAUACUAUGGACUUUAUCAGAUACCAAGCCGAUGGUGCAAGGAAGGUAGACGCGGCGGCGACUGCAAUAUAGCUUGCGAAUCUUUACUAGACGACGACAUCAGAGACGAUACAGAAUGCGCUGUUCAAAUCUUCCACCGAGAAGGCUUUAAAUACUGGUCGCAGUGGGUCACGCGUUGCAAAAAUGACAAGCUCAUCACCAACGAGAUUUAUAAAUGUCCAGACCUCAGCUCGCCCAGGUCUAGUCCAGACAGGACCUUAUUUAUGGACUCAUUGAUGUCGGGCCGAGGAAGGCAGCUCAGGUACCGAAGAUGGAGCCUAAUUAAAUACAACAUUUCAGAACAAAAUUCACCAAAUGUGUCAUAAGUUUUUAUUUGUUUUUUUGUAAUAAAUUGUUAUUGGUUUUGGAAAA